AUGGAUGUGCGCCAUCUGAAGGUGAACGAACUUCGCGAGGAGCUGCAGCGCCGCGGUCUGGACACUCGAGGCCUCAAGGCCCAGCUUGCAGAGCGGCUGCUGGCGGCGUUGGAGGCCGAGGAGCCCGAAGAAGAGCGGAAGAUCGAGGCUGACGACGAACCGGGCUUACCAGAGCACAACAACGAGGAGGUCGAGACCGAGGGGAGCUCCGAGCUGGAGGGGACAGCGCAGCCACCACUGCCCGGGCUGCAGCCGCACCCGGAGCCUGGCGGCUACUCGGGGCCGGACGGACAUUAUGUAAUGGACAAUAUUACCAGGCAGAACCAAUUCUACGAGACGCCCAUCAUCAAGCAGGAAAACGAGUCAGUCUAUGACAGAAGACCAUUAGACAUGGAGCCGCAGCAGCAGGCCUAUCGCCCAGAACUGAAGACAGAAAUGAAGCAGGAAGCACCACCCGGCUUCCUCCCUCCUGACACCUCACAGCUCAAACAAGACAGACAACAGUUCCAGAGUCGAAAGAGGCCUUUUGAAGAGAAUCGGGGCCGUGGGUACUUGGAGCACUGGGAGGACCGAAGGGGCCAUUCUCCUCAGCCCCCUGCUGAAGAGGAUGAAGACUACUUUGAUGACACCCUUGUUGCCAUUGACACAUAUAACUGCGACCUGCACUUCAAAGUGGCCCGAGACCGGAGCAGUGGCUAUCCUGAGGGCUUUGCAUACCUGUGGUCAGGAGCCCGGGCCAGCUAUGGGGUCAGAAGGGGGCGUGUGUGUUUUGAAAUGAAGAUCAAUGAGGAGAUCUCCGUGAAGCACCUUCCAUCUACAGAGCCCGACCCCCACGUUGUCCGUAUUGGCUGGUCCUUGGACUCUUGCAGCACUCAGCUAGGUGAAGAGCCUUUUUCCUAUGGUUUUGGAGGCACAGGGAAGAAGUCUACCAAUAGCCGCUUUGAAAACUACGGAGACAAAUUUGCAGAGAACGAUGUGAUUGGCUGCUUUGCAGACUUUGAAUGUGGAAAUGACGUGGAGCUUUCUUUUACUAAGAAUGGCAAGUAGAUGGGCAUUGCCUUCCGAAUCCAGAAAGAAGCCUUAGGGGGUCAGGCCCUCUACCCUCAUGUCCUGGUGAAGAACUGUGCUGUGGAGUUUAACUUUGGGCAGAGGGCAGAGCCAUACUGCUCCAUUCUCCCGGGGUUCACUUUCAUCCAGCACCUUCCCCUCAGUGAGCGGAUCCGGGGCAACAUUGGACCAAAGAGCAAAGCAGAGUGUGAGAUUCUGAUGAUGGUCGGCCUGCCUGCUGCCAGUAAGACAACAUGGGCCAUCAAACAUGCAGCCUCCAACCCUUCUAAGAAGUACAACAUUCUGGGUACCAAUGCCAUCAUGGAUAAGAUGCGGGUGAUGGGCCUACGGGGGCAGUGAAACUAUGCUGGCCGCUGGGAUGUCCUGAUCCAGCAGGCCACUCAGUGCCUCAACCGUCUCAUUCAGAUUGCUGCCCGAAAGAAACGCAACUACAUCCUAGAUCAGACAAACGUUUAUGGGUCAGCCCAGAGACGGAAAAUGAGACCAUUUGAAGGCUUCCAGCGGAAAGCUAUUGUAAUCUGUCCAACUGAUGAGGACCUAAAAGACCGCACAAUAAAGAGAACUGACGAAGAAGGGAAAGAUGUCCCAGAUCAUGCGGUCUUAGAAAUGAAAGCCAACUUCACUUUGCCUGAUGUUGGGGACUUUCUGGAUGAGGUUCUAUUUAUCGAGCUCCAGCGAGAGGAAGCAGACAAGCUGGUGAGGCAGUACAAUGAGGAAGGGCGCAAGGCCAGCCCACCCCCAGAAAAGCGCUUUGACAACAGAGGCGGUGGCUUCCGAGGCCGUGGGGGUGGCGGAGGCUUCCAGCGUUAUGACAACCGAGGUCCCCCUGGAGGCAACCGAGGAGGCUUUCAGAACCGGGGAGGAGGUGGUGGUGGAGGUGGUGGUGGAGGAGGCAACUACCCAGGAGGUUUCAACCGCAGCGGAGGCGGUGGCUACAACCAAAACCGCUGGGGUAAUAACCUGGAUAACAACAACAACAACAACCGAGGCAGCUAUAACCGGGCUCCCCAGCAACAGCCACCACCACAGCAGCCGCCACCACCACAACCACCACCACAGCAGCCGCCACCACCACCCAGCUACAGCCCUGCUAGGAACACCCCAGGGGCCAGCAGCUACAACAAAAACAGCAACAUCCCUGGCUCUAGUGCCAAUACCAGCACCCCCACAGUGAGCAGCUACAGCCCUCCACAGCCUAGUUACAGCAAGCCACCCUACAACCAAGGAGGCUACACCCAGGGCUACACAGCCCCACCGCCUCCGCCUCCGCCACCACCUUCCUACAACUAUGGGAGCUAUGGCCCCUACAAUCCUGCCCCCUAAACCCCACCACCACCCCCCACUGCCCAGACCUACCCUCAGCCCAGCUAUAACCAGUAUCAGCAGUAUGCCCAGCAGUGGAGCCAGUACUAUCAGAACCAGAGCCAGUGGCCGCUGUACUACGGAAACUAUGACUAUGGAGGAUACUCGGGCAGCACACAGGGGGGCACAAGCACACAGUAGCAGGUGCUGGAGCCUCCAGAGG